AUGGAGACGCUGGAGGGAGCUGAACUCUGCUUUCCUCUGCUGAACUCCUCCUGCAAGAAGCCUACAAAACCACACACCGAGGCCAUGCUGAUUUAUGUUCUGCUUUCAUCCAUUUCUGUGAUCACUGUGGCUCUUAACCUGCUGGUCAUCAUCUCCAUCUCCCACUUCAGGCAGCUCCACACUCCCACCAACCUCCUCCUCCUCUCUCUGGCUGUCUCAGACCUCCUCAUAGGUCUCCUGCUGAUGCCAGUUGAAAUCAUCUACAUAGAGGCCUGCUGGUUUCUUGGUGACAUCCUGUGCACUCUGUAUUAUGUGGUAGACUACAUUAUUGCCUCUGCUUCUGUAGCCAAUAUGGUGCUCAUAUCAGUUGACCGCUAUAUAGCUAUUUGUGACCCUCUGCAUUACCCCACCAAAGUCACCAAGAGAAGAGCAGAAGUUUGUGUCUGUUUGUGUUGGUUUUGUUCAGUUUUAUACGGGUUUUUCCUUCUACGUGACCACCUGGCGCAACCAGGCAGGUCUAAUUCCUGCCUUGGAGAGUGUGUGGUUGUCAUCAGUAACAUGGCGGGUGUUGUUGACCUUGUUCUGACUUUUAUUUUACCAAUUUUAGUCAUCAUAGUUCUGUACACCAGAGUGUUCGUGGUGGCGGUGUCACAGGCUCGAGCCAUGCGCGCUCAUGUUGCAGCUGUAGCAGCUCAGCGAUCAGGGACUGUAACUGCAAAGAAAACAGAGAUGAAAGCAGCCAGAACUCUUGGCAUUGUUGUUGUCGUGUUUCUGUUCUGUUUCUGUCCCUACUAUUACCCGACUCUGGCAGGUGAAGACACCUCAGUUGAUGCUUCCUCUGCAGCCUUUGAGAUCUGGCUGGCCCAUUUUAACUCCUGUUUGAACCCUGUCAUUUAUGCCUUUUUCUACCCCUGGUUCAGAAAAUCUAUUAAACUCAUCCUGACACUUCAGGUACUGAAGCCUGGCUCCUGCGAUGCUAAAAUCUUGUAG